AUGGACGCAAUCGAGAACCUUUUAUCCUGGGCCCAGACCCAAGGAAUAACAGUAUCAAACGUCGGCCCCCGCGCCCUUCCAGGAAGAGGCAUAGGAAUCGUCGUGACAUCACCCCUCAAAAAAGACGACACAAUCCUAGACGUCCCAAUCCCUUGCCUAAAAACAGUCGCAACAAUCCCCAAAUCCCUAACCCGCCCCUUCCCAAAAGAAACGCACGUCCACGCCCUCCUGGCCCUAGACAUCGCCCUCGACGCCUCCCCCUCCUUCAAAACCUGGUCCGCCGUCUUCCCAACAGCCAAAGACCUCUCCUCCUGCCCGCUGACCUGGUCCUCCUCCUCGCCAACCCUCUCCUCCCUCCUCCCCUCCCAAGCUCUCACCCUCCUCAAAGCCCAGCGCGAGAAAUUCGAAUCCCACUGGUCCCUCGUCUCCUCCACCCCGCUCCCAGACCUGCCCCAGGACGAGCAGCACCAGUACCAGUACCCAGAAGGCAGCGACGACAAACUCACAUACGAAUCCUACCUUCAUGCCUGGCUCCUCGUGAACUCGCGCACAUUCUACCACGUCACCCCCAAAACCGCAAAACGCCACCGCGACGACCAUAUGAUCCUCCAACCCGUCGCUGACCUCCUCAACCACGCCUCCCGCGGCUGCUCCGUCGCCUUCGACAAGCACUCCUUCACCAUCAAAGCCAAUCGCGCCUAUGAUGCCGGCGAGGAGAUCCACAUCUGCUACGGCCGCCACAGCAACGAUUUCUUGCUGGUCGAGUACGGCUUCAUCAUGGCCCAGGGCGAAAACGAGUGGGACGAGGUCUGCAUCGACGACGUGCUGCUGCCUCGCCUGAGCGCCGCGCAUAGGCGGCGGUUGGAGGAGAGGGGGUUCCUGGGGAAUUAUGUCAUUGACGCGGAGACGGUGUGUUACCGUACGCAGGUGGCGUUGCGGACGCUCGUGUUACCGGCGAGGCGAUGGGCGCAGUUCGUGGACGGGUUUGCGGACGGAGAAGCGGAGCAGCCCGAGGUCGAUGUGUUGCUGCGCGAGAUGUUGUCGGCGUAUGACGUGGACAUUGAGUCCAAGAUUAAGACAGUGCGUGGCCUGGAUGAAGGUGAGCAGUUUCAGCGGGACAUGGUUGUGGCUCGCUGGAAGCAGAUACAGCUGCUCGUACGCAGCACGAUAGAAAAGUUGAACGUCUCCAAUACAUAA